AUGUCAAGAGUAAGGCUCCUGGGGUUUUCAGUAGUUGCAGGUGCAGCAGCUUUCUUCCUCUUACUAUUGUUUUUCAAUGAACGAUCUCAUGUCAGUUUAUCCAAAACAUUCACAAAUCCACUCAAAUGCUAUACACGAGGAAUAUGCACCCCACAACACAAUUACAACCACAUCGCAACAGUCAAGGAUGUUAUCAAGCAGCAGGGUGCUUUUAUUGAACAGGCAACAUCUGAUUAUCCCUUUCCGAAUAAUUGGAAAUUACAAAAUUUCACCCUGUCAACGGGAGGAAGGCCCUUAAGAAAUAUUAUUAUAGCAACGUGGAGAUCGGGCUCGACAUUUUUAGGCGACAUUAUUAACGCCGUACCUGGAAAUUUUUAUCAUUACGAACCGUUGUUAAAUUAUGGAAUUGUUCAAAUUGGAGGACCACCAUAUGGAGAUACGGCUGUAAAGAACUUAAAAAAAUUGUUAAAUUGUGAUUAUACAGAUUUUGGUAAUUACCUAGCUUUUCGACAAACCUCUGUUUGCUUAUUUAUUCACAACAAGAGAUUAUGGGAUGUGUGUGAUCUGUACCCAAAGUAUUGCUGGGAUCCGAUGUUCCUAAGCGAAUUUUGUAAAUUGUUUCCAUUUCAGUCCAUAAAAGUGGUACGACUGCGCCUUGAACUAACCGAAGAACUGUUAAAGGACGAAUCUUUAAAUGUACGCAUCCUUCUACUGGUUCGAGAUCCACGAGGUACGUUGCAGUCCCGGAAACACACAACUUGGUGUCUCGGCUUUCCUGACUGUGAGCAACCGAAUUUGUUCUGUGAAGGUCUUGUAGCGGAAUAUAAAACAGCGAUAAGAUUCAAAAAUGAAUAUCCUACACGAUUUAGAGUAAUUCGAUACGAAAAUCUCUCCAUUGAUCCCUACCGGCACACGAAGGAUAUUUUCCAAUUUUUUCAACUUCACUUUCAUCCCACUGUAAGGGCGUUCUUGGACUCGCAUACAAAACAAACAUACGGCGGAAUGUACAGUACAUUUCGUGAUUCGAAAAGUGUACCAUUCCAUUGGCGAAUGGACUUGAAUUUUUCAGAAGUUCAAUAUAUUGAAAAGAAUUGUGAUCAAGCAAUGAAGUUGUGGGGGUAUGUUAAAGCACACAAUGAAAGUCAUUUGCGUGAGUUUAACCCUCUUGAUGAUUACACUGUCGAGUAAUUUGCAAAGUUUAGGACAUUUUUGACUGACUUGCAUUUAAAUGUUAUUGAUAUAACACCUAAUUUUUUGCACUCUCCGAUCACGAUAGAUAUAUGCAGUGUUUUAAUGGGUAAUUAAAGUAUUAUUCGCAAAUUUGCAAUUGGGAUGAGUUUAUAUUUCAUUACUUACCGACAUCAAACAAAAUGUAUGGUGGUAGGGGAUUAAGUAAAUUAAUCUUCUCUCAAAGUGUUCUUGAGAUAUAGGUAUUUGUCCAACUUGAAAGAACUGCUAUGCAUAUAAAGAGUGGUUGUAUGACGUUUGCAUAUUUCUGUAACAUUACUACAUCUCAUCUGCAAUUUUGACUACUUACUUUCGGAAUAAUCCUUUUGUACCUUUUUCUUUCUAGAAGAAUAACAUUUACUCUGACGGUGCAUAAAAUCUUUUAUAUUUCAAAUUUAAAUUUGUUGCCAUUAAUUAAUUGAUUGAUAUUAAUUUAGUUAAGCGAUAAGUUAAGGGUUAUUAGAUUUAUCUGUGUGCAACCAUGCCUUUGAAUGGGUUGCAUAACAUUAUUAUCAAAAAUAGUUAAUUGCUCAACUCAACCAUUGUCCAAUUUAAAAACUUGUUGCUAUGUAGGGUUUCUCUGAUUGUGAAGGUAAAGCCGUAUUGACACGAUUGAAGUACCUAUGCUGGCCCUAGUAAACUAGCUGCUAGUGAAUAAAACUGUUUUCAGGUCAUAGUUUUGUUGUCACCAUCUUUUUAUGCAAAACAAUGUACUAGCAUACUUUAAAGUAGGAAAGUGUCAACUCACUUGUACGAGUUUAAUAGUACGCAAGUUGAUUGGCACAAUGCAUUUAUACCAUGCUAGCACAGCGUAUGCUCAUGCAAGUAAUUGCGCGCGCAUUCGGGUUCAUUUACUGACACCAGCGAACUUGCAGCUUGACUAUU